GCCGCGCCGAGUCCUUUUGUCCAAGAUGGCGGCGCCGGGGGCGCUGCCUCCUCGGCCGCCGCCUCCGCCGCCGCCGCUGCUGUGAGAAACCUACGGGCCGCCCGCCCGCCGCGCCAGCGCCAUGAAGCGGCAGAGCGAGCGAGACUCUAGCCCGAGCGGGCGCGGCUCGUCAUCGUCGGCCAAGCGUCCGCGGGAGCGCGAACGGGAGGCGGAGGCGGGCGGGCGGCGGGCGGCGCACAAGGCCUCUGGCGGCGCCAAGCACCCGGUUCCAGCGCGGGCCCGCGACAAACCCCGCGGCAGCGGAAGCGGCGGGGGCGGGCAUCGCGACGGCCGCGGCACCGGGGACGCGAAUCACCGCGCGAGUAGCGGGCGCUCCUCGGGCUCCGGCGCUGGCGGCGGGGGACGCGGCGGCAAGGCCUCGGGGGACCCGGGCGCCUCCGGCAUGUCGCCCCGCGCGUCUCCUCUGCCGCCGCCUCCGCCACCGCCUGGGGCCGAGCCCGCGUGUCCCGGCUCAUCCGCGGCCGCGCCUGAGUACAAGACGUUGCUCAUCAGCAGCUUGAGCCCCGCGCUGCCCGCCGAGCACCUCGAGGACCGGCUCUUCCACCAGUUCAAGCGCUUCGGCGAGAUCAGCCUCCGCCUGUCGCACACGCCUGAGCUGGGCCGUGUGGCCUACGUGAAUUUCCGGCACCCACAGGACGCACGCGAGGCCCGCCAGCACGCCCUGGCCCGGCAGCUGCUGCUCUACGACCGCCCGCUCAAGGUAGAGCCCGUGUACCUGCGUGGCGGCGGCGGGAGCAGUCGGCGAAGUAGCAGCAGCAGCGCCGCCGCUUCCACGCCUCCCCCAGGGCCGCCCGCGCCCGCCGACCCGCUCGGCUACCUCCCGCUACACGGAGGCUACCAGUAUAAGCAGCGCUCGCUGUCCCCCGUCGCUGCCCCGCCCCUGCGGGAGCCCCGUGCCCGUCACGCCGCCGCAGCCUUCGCCCUGGAUGCCGCUGCUGCCGCCGCCGUGGGACUGUCCCGGGAGCGGGCCCUGGACUACUACGGGCUGUACGACGACCGUGGGCGCCCCUAUGGCUACCCAGCUGUGUGUGAGGAGGACCUGAUGCCCGAGGAUGACCAGCGGGCCACGCGCAACCUCUUCAUUGGUAACCUGGACCACAGCGUAUCUGAGGUGGAGCUGCGAAGGGCCUUCGAGAAAUAUGGCAUCAUCGAGGAGGUGGUCAUCAAGAGGCCUGCCCGUGGCCAGGGCGGUGCCUAUGCCUUCCUCAAGUUCCAGAACCUGGACAUGGCCCAUAGGGCUAAGGUGGCCAUGUCGGGCCGAGUGAUUGGUCGCAACCCCAUUAAGAUAGGCUAUGGCAAGGCCAACCCCACCACUCGUCUCUGGGUGGGUGGCCUGGGACCUAACACGUCACUGGCGGCUCUGGCCCGAGAGUUUGACCGCUUUGGGAGCAUUCGGACCAUUGAUCACGUCAAAGGAGAUAGCUUUGCCUAUAUUCAGUACGAGAGCUUGGACGCAGCCCAGGCCGCCUGUGCUAAAAUGAGGGGUUUUCCCUUGGGUGGACCAGACCGCAGGCUCCGCGUGGAUUUUGCCAAAGCAGAGGAGACUCGGUACCCCCAGCAGUACCAGCCCUCGCCACUCCCUGUGCAUUAUGAGCUGCUUACAGAUGGAUACACCCGGCACCGCAACCUGGACGCCGACCUGGUGCGGGACAGGACGCCCCCACACCUUCUGUACUCAGACCGAGACCGGACUUUUUUGGAAGGGGACUGGACCAGCCCCAGUAAAAGCUCUGACCGCCGAAACAGCCUUGAGGGCUACAGUCGCUCAGUGCGCAGCCGGAGUGGUGAGCGUUGGGGGGCAGAUGGAGACCGUGGUUUGCCCAAGCCCUGGGAAGAGAGGCGGAAACGGAGAAGCCUUUCCAGUGACCGUGGGAGGACAACCCAUUCCCCAUAUGAGGAACGGAGUAGGACCAAGGGCAGUGGGCAGCAGUCAGAGCGGGGCUCCGACCGCACCCCUGAGCGCAGCCGCAAGGAGAACCACUCCAGUGAAGGGACCAAAGAGUCCAGCAGCAACUCCCUCAGCAACAGCAGACAUGGGGCUGAGGAACGGGGCCACCACCACCACCACCACGAGGCUGCAGACUCUUCCCACGGGAAGAAGGCAAGAGACAGCGAGCGCAAUCACCGGACCACAGAGGCCGAACCCAAGCCUCUGGAAGAGCCAAAACAUGAGACCAAAAAGCUGAAGAAUCUUUCAGAGUACGCUCAGACACUACAGCUGGGUUGGAAUGGGCUUCUGGUGUUGAAAAACAGCUGCUUCCCCACGUCUAUGCACAUCCUAGAGGGGGACCAGGGGGUGAUCAGCAGUCUCCUCAAAGACCACACUUCUGGGAGCAAGCUGACCCAGCUGAAGAUCGCCCAGCGCCUUCGACUGGACCAGCCCAAGCUUGACGAGGUCACACGACGCAUCAAGCAGGGGAGCCCCAACGGCUAUGCGGUCCUCUUAGCCACCCAGGCAACCCCCAGUGGGCUUGGCACUGAGGGGAUGCCCACAGUGGAGCCCGGUCUGCAGAGGCGGCUUCUCAGGAACCUGGUCUCCUACUUGAAACAGAAGCAGGCCGCAGGGGUGAUCAGCUUGCCAGUGGGGGGGUCCAAGGGCAGAGACGGCACAGGCAUGCUCUACGCCUUCCCACCCUGCGACUUUUCCCAGCAGUACCUCCAGUCAGCACUAAGGACAUUGGGCAAGCUAGAAGAAGAACACAUGGUGAUAGUCAUCGUCAGAGACACUGCCUAGCCCAAGCCUGUCUUUCCCAGCGUCAUGUUUGUGUCACAAAAGCAGUUAUUUUAAAAUCUGAUCCCCUCUCUACCCUACCACUUUGGUUUGAAUUAUCUCCUGGGUUAUUUUGGUUCAUUUGGGUGGGGAUCAAAGUCCUGUCCACCACCAAAACUAAGUUCUUAGAUUUUGGGGGAUUUUUUUUUUUAAACGAUGAGAAGGGAAUCCGGUUAUGUUGAUUUCUAGUGUACAAGAUACUGUCUGCUGUGGUUCUGUAUUUUUUUAUUUUUUGACCAACUGUGUGGAAAGUUGUCAGUAAAACCUUUGACAGAGGAUGGAUUUUUAAACCUG